AUGGCAAGAGCCUUCCACGCCGCGUCACCGGCUACCGUGCCUGCCUCGCCGUCGCCGCUCCGGUCAAAGAACGCCGGGGGCGGCCUCUCAAACCUCCAAUGGCUGCUCAGGAAGCGCGCCAACAAGGUGCAGCAGGGCCGGCCCGUCGCCGUGGAGCAAGACGCCGACGACGGCUGUGACGACGACGAGUGCGCCUCCAUGUUCGCCGGCGCCACGCCCUACAUCGGCCCCGUCGCCGGCGCUGGUCCAACAACUCCAGACGACGCUCCAGCAGGCAGGAAGCGCCGCGGCGAGGCGCUGUCGCGGCUCAGGUCGGCGAUCCUGGCCGUGCUAGCUCGAGCGCGGCGCGGGCGCGGGCGCGGGAGACGGCCGCUGGGGUCCUGUGCUACCGUCACGGGCACCAUCUUCGGCCGCCGCCGCGGUCGCGUGCACCUCGCGCUGCAGACCGAUCCGCGCGCCCCGCCCGCGCUCAUGGUCGAGCUCGCCGCCUACUCCACCGGCGCGCUCGUCAGGGAGAUGGCCUCGGGACUCGUCCGCCUCGCUCUCGAGUGCGAUAAGCCACCCGCACCUCCGCAGCAAACAGGUGACCAUCAUCACCAGAGGCGGCCACGGCAGCAGGCGGCGGCGCUGGUGGAGGAGGCCACCUGGCGCGCGUACUGCAACGGCCGCAAGUGCGGCUACGCGGUGCGGCGGGACUGCGGCGCGGACGAGUGGCGGGUGCUGCGCGCAGUGGAGCCCGUCUCUGUGGGCGCCGGCGUGCUCCCCGACGGCGACAACGUGGGCACGGGAGGCGCCGCAGCCGGCGAGGGCGACCUCAUGUACAUGAGGGCCAAGUUCGAGCGGGUGGUGGGGUCCAGGGACUCGGAGGCGUUCUACAUGGUGAACCCCGACGGCGGCGGCGGGCCCGAGCUCAGCAUCUACCUUCUCAGGGUCUAG